AUGGUCUCUCCCUCUUCUACAGCUGGCAAGCGAGCCGCUGGCAGGUCGGCGGCUGGCCCGCAGAGAACAAGAGAUCGAUACCGAAUCCGACGCCUAAAGCACGACCUAAAGCACGAUGACGGACCCGACGCAUCCGACGAGGAGGCGCCGCAAAAGACCGACGCCAUCAUCGCCCCGCGCCCCAGGAUCUCCGACUUCUUCAAGAAACCGCCUGGCAGCCGCAUCACUGCAGCCGAAUGGGACGCAAUAAAGCCAAAGUUUACCGAGCUUUACAUUGCCGAGGAGAAGCCAAUCGAUCUGAUUGUCCGGCUGCUUGCCAAGGAUUUCGUUCUCAGAUGUGUCUACCGAGUCAAGCUAUGGGGCCUCGACAGGAUCCGCAAAGGGGAGACGAGGGCUUCGUCCGAUCACCCGCGAACGCGGUCAGCAGUCCGCAAUCAGGAAACCAAGGAGGACCCCUUGAUCGCGCAAUUUGGCCAAGUGCUGGGUUCAAAGCUACGAGCCUUGCCCGCCUUCGCUAGCAUCUCAGGCAAACUGCCUGUGCGACCUCCGACAGAUACUUCCAAAUCCGGUGUGCAAAACUUUCUCUACGGAGCGCCAGAGUACAAGGAGCACAGAAGGAUGGAGUCGGAGAGAUCAAAAGCAUGGAGGAUGAUCGACAAGGGCUUGGAGCUGCAACCCCAGUUUGAGACCCGGCGCCUACUUCCAGACGACGAUCACUGGCUGGACGCCUUGGGCCCGGACCCAACGCAAGAGGAAGGCUCUCCCGAGGCCGUCACGUCUCUUGAUAGACAUCAGCCAGGGCACAGCGGAGCGCUAUUCACUGACUCGGGCUAUGCAUCCGGGCCCAUGGCCAGGCUCUUGGGAGCAAAAGACGCGCAACACUCACUCGAAACCCGAGCAAAUCCACUCGGCGUUGCGACAAGCGUUGAGGACGACACGAGAACAUGGUACACGGGCCCAUCAGCAGAUGACAACAUCACCGCCCGACACUAUAUCGAAGAACUUGCUAUUAGCAUUUAUAGUAACCUUCGGUUGAAGGAGCACGGCGGACAGUGGGAGGACAUUGGCCACUGCGCGCCAAAACUCCUCAAAGCCUUUGCUAUCAAGCUGGGCCAUUUGUCCAAUACCCCAAUGCACCUUGAAGCCAUGCGAUUUAUACACAAACAUUGCAGCGAGAUUGCUGACCAUAUCGAGAUGUUGUACCGGCAUGGGAACGACCCGGCUGACGUUCAACGGGACAAUUCUUCCGACAUGUCACUGUCUGAAAAAAUGGCCUUGUGGUCUAGGAACGAGGAUGUAACGAUUGUUGAGCCCGAUUGUGGCGAUGUCCCCGUCAUGGAAGACGAGAGGAUGUCUCGCCCCGAGGCAGAAGAGGACCAACUUUCCGACGGCUCUGGACGACUUGUGGCUGACGGCACUGGUGCUGCAGAGCUGUCUGCAUACAUGGAUCUUAUCCUCGACAGCCCUGCCUAUAAGUGGCUGUUGUCCAGCCUAAGGAACGAGACACUCUUAACGGCCAAUACCUCGGGAGGGGAACCCGGCGACGACAGCAUCAAAUCCAAGAUACUGGACAAGCUUCCCCGGGGCGAGGUCAGCCGACGCAGAGCCCCACUAGUCUACGACGUUCAGUUUGAGCUCGUUUGGUGUCUGAGCAAUUUUCUAAGCCGCCUCAAAGACGGAGGCGAAUCCUCACUAGCCGGUGACUUUAGCAUAAUUGGAGGCUCGAAUUCAUUCCAGGCAACCUACUCGUUGCCGUAUUUCAAGCAGACCUGGGCGUCUGGCUCGGAGCGCCUCCUCCGACUGAUACAAAAAGUCCUGCUUGAUGGGACCGAGUUGACAUCAUGGGUAAAAAGCUCGCAGUUAUUCCUCCGAGCACGAGGCACUGCCUACUCAGUCGCAGAAUGCGGUGAACAGUUCACCUGGCUCAGCGCCGCUUGGUUAUCCCGAGCGCUGCAGCAGGAGACACACCACUGGGCUGGGUACUGCAAGCCGAUGGUUGCAGUCGCUUCCGUCGAUCGCCACGCUCGAUAUGCAGAGGUGAACACCGUAAUGCGGCUGAUACAGUACGCUUCGUUCAAUAUUGGUUUUCAGUUUGGUCGAGAUGAACACGACAUGACCCGCACGGGUGUGGGCAGCUGGCGUGGUCUCUUCCGAAACCCUGUCGCCAUCAAAGGCCUUCCGAUACUUCGCCGUCCUGCCUCUUGCCCCGGACUGGAACUUUCAAUCAAUAUGAUGAAGGAGCUUACCGGCACGGGACAGCUCAUGAAAGCCAGCGGAAGGGUCUGCAUCAAAGGCUCACGUGGCUCACUGGUCUUGUACCGACUGCUCCAAGACAUCGUCAUCUGGACUGUGGCUCUUGGCUCGCCUGGAGAUCCUCUAUUCACGAGUAAGAACCCUGCUUUAUCGGCUGAGCAAUUGGAACGACUCGACCUCGCGUUGUUUGAGUCGGCGCCGUGCAGACACAUCGUUGUCGAUCAUCUUGGUAAGUAA